GGCUUCUGGGCUGGACAGGAAACGACGGAGACGCUCAGCGUGUCUCCUCGGCAGCUCCGGGAGAGAAGAAUGGGAAAGGGAACGGGAUAGUGUCUGUGGACGAGGCAACGUGUGAAAACAUGAGGAUAACGGGCAGCUUCUUUUUGAGCGAGAUUCAUCUUUUAAGCAGAUAGUUAAACACAUCGGGAGGUUUUCUUCUCCCCCCCCCCCCCUUUGAGGGCAGUGCUAUUUGCUCUCCCGUUGGAGAACACAAGAGAAGAGAGGAUCCUCUUUGUGAAUCCCAUUUGACUAGGAUAAAAGCCCCGACACAGAGUGGAGUGGAGUGGUGGUUUCGUUUGACCUUUAACCUCAGUAGGAAGGAGAGAAAGCCACUUCAGAGAUGGAGCAGGUAUCGGACGAUGAGCUGGACCAUGGAGCAGAGGAGGACAGCGAUAAGGAGGACCAGGACCUGGACAAGAUGUUUGGAGCUUGGCUUGGAGAGCUGGACAAGCUGACGCAGAGUCUGGAUGAUGGCAGGCCUCAGAAACCACUGCAGAAGCCUCCUCUCAGGCAGGAGACGAACAUGGCUAACUUCUCCUACCGCUUCUCAAUGUACAACAUAAACGAGGCGUUGAACCAGGGUGACACAGUGGACCUGGAUGCCUUGAUGGCUGACCUGUGCACCAUUGAACAGGAGCUCAAUACCAUUUCCAAACCAAACUCUGCAUCUCGUGGCCAGAACAAAGGCCAGCAGCGGGCCCCUGGGGGGCGCAGUGCCAGCACCAAGCACACAGGCACCAGUGGAGGGGGAAGCAGCGGAGGGAGCGCCAGUAGCAGCACCCGGGCGUCGCCGGCCAACACGGUGCGCGGCGGCAGCCUCAACACCCGCCCCGCGGCCGCCAACAUCUCCCUGGAUGACAUCACCUCUCAGCUGGAGAAGGCCUCGCUCAGCAUGGACGAAGCGGCACGUCAGACCUCUUCCUCCUCUUCCUCCUCCUCCUCUUUCUCCUCCACCACGCUCCGGCGGCCCUCGUCGGGGUCGUCCGGCGGCGGGCAGCACAGGAGGACGGGCUCGGUGGGCGCGGUCAGCGAGCAGGAAGCUCCGUCCCAGAGGUCCAGCGUGAAUUCAGCGUGUGCCUCGGCGUCCAGCAUGGACUCCCUGGACAUUGAUAAAGUGAUGGCGGGUGGAGAGGUGGAGGGCCAGAGCAGCCCGAGCACACAGGGACAGAACCAGACCAGCACAGAGCAUGUCACACUGCGACGGGCCAGACGGCAGCUUGACUUCACCUCACGGGAGGGUGAAGUGGAUCGGGCCACUGAGGAACAAGCUGCCAAAUUGAAGGCGGAGAAGAUCAGAGUCGCCCUGGAAAAGAUCAAGGAGGCACAGGUCAAAAAGCUGGUGAUCAGGGUCCACAUGUCGGACGAGAGCUCCAAGACCAUGAUGGUGGAUGAGCGGCAGACGGUCAGGCAGGUGCUGGACAGCCUGCUGGAUAAGUCGCACUGUGGCUACAGCCCCGACUGGUCUCUUGUGGAAACCAUCAAUGAGCUACAGAUGGAGCGUAUUUUCGAGGAUCAUGAGAACUUGGUGGAGAAUCUAUUAAACUGGACCCGGGACAGCCACAACAAGCUCAUGUUCAUCGAACGCAUAGAGAAAUAUGCCCUCUUCAAGAACCCUCAGAACUACUUGCUGGGGCGGAAGGAGACAUCAGAAAUGGCCGACAGGAAUAAAGAGGCUUUGUUAGAGGAGUGCUUCUGUGGCGGCUCGGUGUCGGUGCCAGAGAUCGAGGGCAUUCUGUGGCUGAAGGAGGACGGGAAGAAGUCGUGGAAGAAACGCUACUUCCUCCUCAGAGCUUCGGGGAUUUACUACGUCCCCAAAGGCAAAGCCAAGGCAUCCAGAGAUCUUGUGUGCUUCCUGCAGCUGGACCAUGUGAACGUGUAUUACGGCCAGGACUACCGCAGCAAAUACAAGGCUCCUACCGACUACUGCCUGGCCCUGAAGCAUCCCCAAAUCCAGAAGAAGUCCCAGUACAUCAAGUAUCUGUGCUGUGAUGACGUCAGGACCCUGCACCAAUGGGUGAAUGGAAUUCGCAUCGCCAAGUAUGGCAAGCAACUAUAUGUGAACUACCAGGAGGCCAUGAAGAGGACCGAGGCGGCCUACGAUUGGUCCUCUCUCUCUACCUCCAGCAUCCGAUCAGGCUCCAGCUCUGCCAGCAAUCCUGAGUCCCAGUCUAAUCACUCGGGCCAUUCAGACAGUGGAGUGGACACUGGCUCUUCUCAUGGCCGGUCCCAGAGUGUGGUGAGCUCCAUUUUUUCUGAGGCCUGGAAGAGAGGUACCCAGAUCGAGGAAAGCUCCAAGCACAUGAGAAUGGAGGCAACCAGAGGGGCCACCCUGCCGCACGCUUCCCACAGUCACCGGCAUCACAGCCAGCAUUCAGCGGAUCACCCGGCCCUGACGCCCCCUCCCCAACUUCAGGUGCAGCCUCAGCCCCUCCAACAGCACCCGCCAACGCACCCCGAGACACCGACCCAGGCGACGCAACAACAGCACCUGCCCCCCGUGCACCUGCCCCCCCAACACCAGUCUCCCCAGCACCUGCCCCCCCUGCUCAUGCCCCCCCAACACCAGUCUCCCCAACACCAGUCUCCCCAGCACCAGUCCCCCCAGCACCUGCCUCCCCAACAUCAGCCUCCUCAGCAUCAGCCUCCCCAACACCUGCCCCCCCAGCAUCAGCCCCCCCAGCAUCAGCCCCCCCAGCAUCAGCCCCCCCAGCAUCAGCCCCCCCAGUAUCAGCCCCCUCAACAGGUUCUGCAGCCACCUCCCCAGUUUCCCCAGCGCCCUCAGCAGUCACCACAGUCUCCGCACUUGCAACAACAGCCGCAGCCCAUCAGCAGCUACAACCACGUGCCCCCGCAGCAGCAAGAGCUGGCUCCGCCGCCCCCGCCUCCCCCUCCGCCGCCUCCCCCUCCUCCUCCGCCCCUAGUUCUAACGAUGUCGCACCACUCGCCGGCUCCCACCAUGUACAAGUACAGCACCAUCACCAGGCUGCAGAACCAGAUGGCCGCUCAGUCUGCCAAUCACCACAGGUUGCCCGGUCACCUCCAUGCAAUCGGGCACCAAGUUCUGCCCCAAGGUCCGACCCCACCUGCAGCACUGGUGGCCGUCAAACCCAACGUGAAUCACAUUGCGGCAAGGACUAAUGUCCCGCCUCCCCCUCCUCCUCCCCCCCCACCAUCCAUGCCGGCCCCUGGGUCAGCCAUGGCGAUGUUGAAGCUGGGCCCUCCCAGUCCGGCCGCCCCGCCUGCCUUCAUUCCACCACCCCCAGCACCUCCUGCUCCACAGACAAACGGAGUAACAUUUCCUCCCCCUCCUUCUCCUUCUCCUCCACCACCUUGUGCACCGGCUCCCAUGAGCCAGCCGGUUUACCCCAACGGGCUGAAGCAUGCACUGAAGGAAAGGUUUCCCAGCCCGCCGCGGGACCUCCUCCCUCCAAAUGGACUCCUUGAGGAGUCCGCGCCGCCUGCCCCUGCUCCACCACCUCCGCCUCCUCCACCCCCACCUCCGCCACCACCUCCUCCUCCUCCCCAGCAGUUCCCGGUGCCAGUCCAGUUCCCGCCACCCCCUGCACCACCACCAGCGCCUCCCAAAACCUUCACCCCAGGCUUUUUCCCUCACACUGCCCCCAAACCUGUGUCACCUGUCUCUCCCUUUCCCCCCGCCCCACCUCCUGCUGCCCUGGGUGGCCCAACCCCACCGCCACCUCCACCCCCUCCUCCACCUGCGUCCUUCAAGAAGCAGUUCGGCCUCCAGGCAGGCCACAUCUCCAGCCACCCCCCUCCGACUCUCCCUAAGCAGCACAGUCUGUCUAAACAAACACCGGUAUCUAUGGGAGCCGCUCCUACCAUGUCUUUGGUGAAACAACUAGCAAGUCAGUUUCCAGGAGCUUCAUCCCAUGGAGCCAAUCAGGCAGAGAGCCCCAAAGCCCCCCUUUCCCCACCUGCAGUCAAGACCAAACCAAGAUGGCAGCCGGGGGGCGGCCAGCAGCUACAAUCUCCAGAGUUCCCUCCUCCUCCUCCAGACAGCAACGUUGGCUUCCCUGCCGCGGCCGCCGCCCCUCCUCCUCCACCUCCUCCUCCUCCUCCUCCUCCACCACCACCACCUCCCCUAGCCCCUGUCACGGGCCCAACUCCACCUCCUCCUCCCCUCCCUCCUGGAAACCUGGGCUCCUCCUUGCGGAGGUCGCCCCCUGGGUCCUCCAAUUUCAAGAAACCCCCUCCCGCCCCGCAGAGGAACUCCGGCUCCAAGUUCAACGCCUCAGCUUCUUACGAGGAGUCCAGGAAAAACUUGCUCUGCAAGUUUGCUCCCCAGAAUACUGCCCCCUCUUCCUCACCAGGUCCCACCUCCUGCAGUGGAUCCCCUUCCAAGGACCCUUCAACUGGACCACCCGCUCCUCCGAAACCAGGCAAGCUCAACAUGGCCAACCUGCCCAUGGGACUGCAGUCUAAAGUGAGCCAGGUAAAGCAAACCAGUGGUGACUUCCCUUCCCCACCACCUGAGUGCGCUUACUUUCCACCUCCUCCUCCAGCCUCGGAGCUCUUCCCCCCUCCUCCACCUCCUGGGAGUGACGCCCAUAGCGGAGGACCUCCUAGGGUAGCCGUGGUCAACCCCCAGCCCCAGGCUCCCCCUCCUCCUCCGCCUGUCUCCCUUGUCAGCAACACUACAUGGGGGAAGAGCUCGCUGAAGAAGACUCCUCCACCCACGCUUGUGCGGCGUAGUAACGCCACCCCGGAGCCUCCUCCACUGUCACCACCUCCACCCACCUCCCCAAAGGGCAGCUCAGGCCAGCCCAAUUUCCUGGAUGAUCUCCACCGGACACUGAAGCGAAAAUCAGUGGGUCGCCAAGGUUCUCUCAACCCGGCCGGCCUCACGGGCAAGUCUGACCCCGUGGGAACUCUGGACGACAUGGCGCUGCCUCCGCCGCCCCCUGAGCUGCUCCUGGACCAGGGAAAGCAAAGCAACGGAGGAAAUGGUGCCUACAUGUCCGGAAACAUCUCAGGCUAUGCAACAAUACGACGAGGACCCCCGCCUGCACCACCCAAACGAGGGGACACGACCAAACUUACUGGCGAGUGUUGAAACUUGGAGAUCAGGACAUUAGGAAGAUGGGUGAAUAGACAAUGAAAGAAUAUAUGGAACUGAACACUCGUUCGUAAAAUGGGAGCGAACUCCUGAAUUGCUUCUGUCCUCUUGGGAUCUAAAUGAUAAAUAGAUGACUGUGUAUAUACUAAAACCCAGACCAGGGGCAGUUAGUGUUUGCUAAUGAUUGCAGUUUUUUAACAUGCUUGGCAUUCUGGAUCAGUGGGGUUUAUAAUAUUGGGACAAUUUCGUCUGGAGCAGGUAAGUUUGGGGUCACAGAAAAGUAAAAUUGGUCUUUUGAUUUUCUGCGAUUGUCUAAACUCUCUGGGAGACAUUGUAUUACGGUAAACCCCACCCAUCUGGUACACCAAGCAGAUUUAAAUAUACACUCUUAAGAAUUGUGCAAAUAUGACCAUGUUAUCCGCUUCUUUGCCAUAAGUCUUUGCCACGUACUGAAGACAAAAACAAAACAAAAAACACAUCAAGAUCGUUCUGCUUUGGUACUGCAUGGACUUCAUGUAAGAACAAGCCGUAAAACAUGCAGCUGUUCUGGUGUGUGUGCAUGAGUGAGACAGAUAAUCUGAGACUGGAGAUGCAUACAUACAUACAUGCAUGCAUGUGUGUAUGAUUAUAUGGUGGUGAAGUAGUUAACCAUUUGAGAAGGCCUUCGUGGAGCGGGGACGGUUUGGUUUUAUGUAAAAUUAUUUAAUGAGCGAUUAAUGGAAGUAUUUUUUUUUUUUUUUGUAUAAGUCUGUCUUUUAAUAGCUGUUCAACAAAGUCUAGAGAGGAACAAAAUAUUAGGGCACAAUGGAAUGUAUGUGGGGCGGUGUAAUUAAUAACAUGAAUUACAACACACAUGAAGGCAAUGAGUCGGUGACAUAAACACUCAAAAAAACGUUAAAAACUUUCAAAUCUGUCGACUCUUUUCACCACUUGGAAAAUGCAAAUCAGAAGGAAAGCCUUAUCCCCAAAGUCUUGCACAGAGGUCAAAAAGCAGAGAGGAGAUUUCUUCCAAAGGUUCAACAGCGUCUGGACUGUGCAGCUGAGUGAAAACUAACGCAAAAAAACAACGUCGUUUUUGAUUUAAUAGACUAUAAAUGGAGGAGGAGGCCUGUGACUGUGAGUUCCCCCGUGCGUUGGCUUGAUUUUGGACCGUAUCCUUCAGUUCGUAUCUGUACAGUCGUAGCUGCUACUCCCUUACUGUCGGCCCUCGUCGCCUUCUAAAGUCACAUGGUAUCACAAUUCGGGAUGUAGAAUGUACAGGUUGGAUUCAGUCCUGUGGAGUAUACUCAUCCACACAAGGUGACCCAGUUGAAAAGGAUGCAUUAGUCUGGUCAAUGUAGAAAGCGUUAAAUCAUGUAGUCCAUCACAGAAAACAUCUGUCGUGCAUUAGACUGAAAGUUGCGUGUCUGUUGUUAUCUCCUGAUUUUGUACCUGCAGAUUGGAUCAUGAAGGGUUUUAAUUUCUUGCAGCAAUGCCUUUUUAUUCUUUUUGGGGUUGCUAAUGCUGUCCUUUUUUUUUCUUUCAAGGAACUCCUCAUCAACGUGUCCUCGUUUGCGAGGAUGACAUAUCGUAUUCAUAUUUCAGACCGUUUAAACUGGUUUUAAAUUGGCUUUAGUGUGCUUGAAGUGUCAUGAAGAUGGUGGUUUCCAAACGGGGCGCUGUUUAACACGCCGUUCUUUGGUCCGACUCGGCCGAUGUGGUUGGACCACCGCUUGCAGGCAGCGUAUACCAUUUCUUAUAACUGAUUACCAUUGUCUAAACAGGAUGUUUGCUACAGUGCAGUAUGUAAGUUAUUGAUGUGCUGAUGUGAACAUGUGGGGCCAAGUGAAGAAAAAUGGUUGCAGAUGUGUCCUCCUGCAUAUAAACUGAAAAUCACAAUAUAAAUGUUCAAAGCAGACCUC